UGCUAUUUGAUCCUGACCUGAUAUUAAACCUGGCAGUGUUUACUCAAGGAGGUGGUACCAUUCUUAUAUAAAGCAGCACAGGAACAAACUUGAAAAUCCUAUGUCUGUCACCUUUUCAAGGGAGCCAUUGCAGGUCAGAGACAUGAUGCCUGCCCCUGGUGACCCGUAUCAGAAGCUACAGCCAGGCAGGCAAACCAAGGGGAGGGCUGGAAGCCUUCAUAACCCCCAGAAAUUUAAGAAUCAGGACUUUACCCAACUGAGAGACUACUGCCUGAGACGACGCCUGCUGUUUGAAGAUGAGACCUUCCCAGCACAUGUCAGUUCCAUUGGUUUCAGUCUGCUUUCCGAAGACAAGCUGAGCCACAUACAGUGGAAACGACCAACCAUGAUAGAGAGAAAUCCCCAUUUAAUCAUGGAUGGUGCUAGCAGAUUUGAUAUUCUUCAAGGAGAAGAAAUAGGCGAUUGCUGGGUUCUGGCUGCCCUGGGAUCUUUGACAUUACAGAGGCAAUUUCUGGAAAAUGUUCUGCCAAAGGACCAAGGAUUCCAUCACAGUUAUGCUGGGAUUUUUCAUUUCCGGUUCUGGCAUUUUGGAGACUGGGUGGAUGUGGUGAUAGAUGAUCGGCUGCCUUUUCUCAAGGGGAAAUACCUGUCUGUCAGACCUCGCUGCAAAAAUGAAUUCUGGCCAUCCCUGCUAGAGAAAGCAUAUGCCAAGUUGCGAGGCUCCUAUCAGAACUUGCACUUGGGUUACAUUUCCGAAGCACUAGUGGACUUGACGGGUGGAGUUCAAGUGCAAUUUUCUUUACAGAGCCCUCCUUCUGAUCUGCAGGAGAUACUGAAAGCAGCUGUGAAAUCACAAUGCCUGAUGGGAUGUGCCACACCAGGAAAGCCAUCAACUGGGGACCCAGAGCCAAAGAAUGGACUUGUGAGAGGCCAUGCCUAUACUGUGACAGGGGCUGAAGAAAUACCAUACCAGUACAGCCAGGAGGAGAUCAUCAGAGUGUGGAAUCCUUGGGGCCACCGGGAGUGGAAAGGGCCUUGGAGUGAUCGUUCUCCGGAAUGGGAUCAAAUUCCAGCUGAAUAUAAGAAAGCACUCUGUGAAGAUAAAGACGAUGGAGAAUUCUGGAUCUCUCGUCGAGAUUUCGUCAAGCAGUUUUUCUCACUGUGUAUUUGCAAUGUCGUCCCAUCAUUUCUGGACUUUGGAGAUAAGUGUGCUACAACAUGGGCCAUGACCGCAUAUGUAAACCAAUGGGUUCGAGGACUCACUGCAGGUGGUAGCAACUAUUCUAAUGGUGCAUUUUCAAGGAACCCACAAUAUUUCAUCCAGAUAGAGGAGCCUGCCCUGAAAAACUAUAAUGUGGUGGUGUCACUGAUGCAAAAGCCUGUCAAUAAUAUGCCACAAUCACAAAAAUUGCUCAUUGGAUUUUUCAUCUUCAGGGUUGAACCCGAGUUCCAGGACCUGAGGGACAGAUUGCCAGCUGCAUUUUUCUUUCGGCAUAAACCUCAAGUUCAGAAAUAUGAUUUCAACGGGCAGACCCGAGAUGUCACCGAUUGCUUUUUCUUGAGUCCAGGGAUCUAUGUUGUUGUUCCAGUCACAUCAGAGGAAGGCCAAGAGGCUGAAUUCCUUCUACGAAUCUUCCUAAAGAGCCAAGACUACACCAAAGACCAGAAAAACAGGCUCGGCCCAGUGAUGCCAAAGGACCCGCAUGUACUCAAGCAGAGUCAAAACAUCUCCUUGGAAAACAUCUUCUUCGGAUAUGCUAAGCAGGACUCAGACAUGAAUGCUUCACAGCUGCAAAGGCUCCUCAAUGAAGUGUUCCUGAAAGAUCAAACAGCCAGACCGGGCGGAGAAUUCGGCUUUGAUUCAUGCAGAGGCAUUUUAGCUCUGAUGGAUCUCAAGUCUAAUGGACGACUAUCCCUGAAAGAAUUUAAGCACCUCUGGAAACUGCUUGUUAAGUACAAGGACAUUUUCAGGAUGGAGGAGAGAACGCAUGCGGGAUUCCUUGACGUGUCAGAUUUCAGGAAUGCAGUACAGAGAGCAGGCCUGGCUGUCAAUGACCAGCUCUUCCAUCUGAUGGCUCUGAGGUACAGUGACUCCUCCAUGAGAGUUUCCUUCCCUGAUUUUGCAUGCUGCAUGAUCCGGUUUGAAACUAUGGCAAGUGUAUUUCGUAAUUUAUCAAAGGAUGGAAAGAUUUCCUUUUCUGCAACAGAGUGGAUGAUUAUUACCAUGUAUUGCUAAGAUGGCGAUAUGGGCCUACAUUGCUGCAUGUGUCUAUCCAGAGUGGGACAGGGUCCAUCCCCUGCUGAGGACCCCGGGAAGGGGCCACUGCUUUACUCGCCCUCCCCCGUCACUUCCCAGAAGUCUGUGGCCUCAGGAAAAGGCCCCGAUGAACACAUCUGAGAUAAGCUGGUUUAGAGACACCCCGUGGAUGACCAUGGGAGAAGAGAAUGGUGCCUAAGUGCCACAGAAAUUGAAAGGUGAUUCUGAGUGUGAUUCUUGUGCGCGUGUUUUCUCAGCAGGCUUUGCUGUAUUGCAAUGCUCUAUGAAGGGGAGACAAAUAGAACUAUGGGGUUUUUUAAUUGUUUUCAUAAGGCUUAAGAAAUUACCCUCUGGCUGCCUAUGUCCUCUAAGAGGCCUUUCCUCCCCACUCUGCGCAGCUUAUAUGCUUCUUGAUGCGAUGAAGCCUAAGUGCCUUUCAUACAAGAAUAAACGUGGCAUUCAGCAAGCCAAGCAGUGCUGGUUGAUGAGCUGGGAUUUCUUGGACCAAUAACACAUGGCUACCGGUAUUUGUGUUUCUGGACAAGGACUCCUCCUUUGGCAAGCUGGACUUCAUCUGAAGAAGUAGGGAAGCCCAUGGAAGAAGACAAUAAAGCCUUAGGAAGAAUAGAUUUGCUCCCAUUUUAUUCCUGUAUAAGGGAUGUUUGGAAGUAUUGUCUGUGAGCGAUCUCCCAGCCUCAUGCAGAACAGCAUUCCUGAUCAGCCUCACAAGCUGGCGUAAAUCAGGAUUAACUCCAUGUACACUACUGUAAAGCAAUUAUAAAUAAUUACUGACUCAGGUCCUAUAUUUUUAAAGAGAGUUCCUGGAUUAAUAUGUUUGUGUAUAAGCAGAAUAUUACUGGAUCUUUGUUAUACUUUUGCUGUGAGGAAAUGCAAA